ACAGUGAUCCAUGCCAAGACAGUGAUCCAUACCAAGACAGUGAUCCUUACCAAGACAGUGAUCCAUACCAAGAUAGUGGCCCAUUCCAAGACAGUGAUUCAUGCCAAGACAGUGAUCCAUGCCAAGGAAGUGGCCCAUACCAAAUCAGUGAUCCAUACCAAGAUAGUGGCCCAUACCAAGACAGUGAUCCAUGCCAAGACAGUGAUCCAUACCAAGAUAGUGAUCCAUACCAAGAUAGUGGCCCAUACCAAGACAGUGAUCCAUGCCAAGACAGUGGCCUAUACCAAGAUAGUGAUCCAUACCAAGAUAGUGGCCCAUACCAAGACAGUGAUCCAUACCAAGAUAGUGGCCCAUACCAAGACAGUGAUCCAUGCCAAGACAGUGAUCCAUACCAAGAUAGUGGCCCAUACAAAGACAGUGAUCCAUGCCAAGAUAGUGGCCCAUACCAAGACAGUGAUCCAUACCAAGACAGUGAUCCAUACCAAGACAGUGAUCCUUACCAAGACAGUGAUCCAUACCAAGAUAGUGGCCCAUUCCAAGACAGUGAUUCAUGCCAAGACAGUGAUCCAUGCCAAGGAAGUGGCCCAUACCAAAUCAGUGAUCCAUACCAAGAUAGUGGCCCAUACCAAGACAGUGAUCCAUGCCAAGACAGUGAUCCAUACCAAGACAGUGAUCCAUACCAAGAUAGUGGCCCAUACCAAGACAGUGAUCCAUACCAAGAUAGUGAUCCAUACCAAGAUAGUGGCCCAUACCAAGAUAGUGAUCCAUGCCAAGACAGAGAUCCAUUCCAAGACAGUGGCCUAUACCAAGACAGUGGUUUUGUUGCACAAACAUAA